AUGGCACUAGCAGCUCACUCAGUGGACCAGCGUGUGUCCCCGCUUUUCUCGCUCGGGCUUGAUGUGUGGUAUAUUGUGCUUGACAUUCUCCGUGAAGACCCUGAACCGAAUGAGGAAGAGGACGAUGACGAGGACCCUGAUAGUUUUUGGAAACCCAAGACUAUAACUCGGAGACUACCUCACCUUCCAGAUCUCAUAAAUAUGAGUAGCACUUGUACAUGGUUUCGGAACUUCCUUGCCCCCAGCAUAUUUGCCAACCUCGAGUUGUACAAUACCACCAAAAGCGCCCAGUCAAUUACUGCGAUUAGCCAGGGGCGGCAUGCUGCAUGUGUCAAGACGCUGCGCUACAUUGGUAUCUGUGAGACGGAUCAGCAGAGCUCGCCACUGGAGAAGGUGUACCCCCUAGAGGUUGACCGAGUGCUGUCCAAUCUACGCAUGUUUAGUAGUCUUGACAAAUUCGUGAUCGAAUUCCCCUUCGACUACGACGAUGACCUAUUGAUCAACUAUUUUCAAAGUGAUAUAUUCUACCCCGAGAAUGCUCUAUCCGAGGAGAGUGAAAAUGCCUGGCGUGGACUGAUGGCAGCAAGCCUUCACGCAAUUGUGUCGAAUUACACCAACUCCUCAUCUACUGGUCAACUGCCUCUAUCCAUCGAAUUCCGUGAUCUGAACAUUUUCAUGGUAUCAAUUUUCACAACCGAAGCAUUCCAGUCGUUCCUGUCACAGCUUACGACUUUCAAUCUCUCUAUAAGGAGAUGGGAUAACGGCGUUGGGUGGACCAUGAUGACCCAACCAAUCUUCGGCGACUUCUCACACUAUCUAGGCCCCUUUUUCUUCAACAACCUAGCUGCCGUGGAAGAAUUCUCCUUCGAUCCCCGGGACACGGCAUCGCUCGGCAACGGAGGGCAACCGUAUUACGAGGACAUCGGGCUGAGAGACACGACAAUGCCAAGGCUGCGGAGGCUUACAUUGAGCAACAUUAUCCUCUGUUCCGAGUUACGCGACUUUCUUGUUCGACACAAGACCACACUGGAGUCUAUCACAUUCCAAGACUGUUUUGCAAGUGGCGAGCGGCCACGUGAAUAUGGACAAGCGAUCAACUGGCGAGAGCUAUUUACCACUCUCGCGCAAGAGCCUUUUUCUCAGCUUACAAGCUUUCAGCUCACUUGGGAAGAAAGUCAACUGCAGAUGCUUGACCUGGAUGAUUCGUGGACUGAUCCCGGCGUGGCCCAGCUGGUGCGCCAGAAGCUCGAGAGGGAGCCCCACGCAAAAGCAUUCCCAUAUUGCGAGGUGGACAGCAAGUAUGGAUCGAGAUACUGUACCACCGAGGCAAUCCAAACCGCCUUUCUAAACGGAGCGGACUACCAGAGUUAUGUGGAUCUUAUGGCUGUAAUUCAAUGGAAUUGCGUACAUGGCAGCGGAGUAAGCAACGACUAA